AUAAGUUAACCAAUUUUGUCCAUCUGUGCAGACAAACAUUGUUUAUAUUUUCUUGCAAUAUAGUCGCUGAAUCGUGAUAAUCGCUGACGCCUAGUCUGACAGACUUAUCAGUAUUCGUCUCUGCUAUCAACUCCUAAUUGUGUUUCUUUGUUUUUGUUUGAAUGUUCGGUUUGGACCACCACAAAGAACGUUAAUGAACGUUCUCUUACCACCAGUAGUACUAUUAAUAAGAUUGUUUACGUUUCUUUAUUUCAAUAAUAUCAUCACGCCAUCCGCUCAAUAAUAUGCUGCCGCUAUCUCUGCUUCUGACGUCGCUGCUUUCGUGCGGUCUAAAUAUGCACUUUGGACUUUUCUUUUGUUGACUUCUCUCUUUAGCCAAUUAGCUUUUCGCUUUUCGCAUUUAAGAAGCGAUUGUAUUACGGGUUGGUCGAAAUAAAUUAAUUCUGGUUGAAAAAAAAUUUCAAAGUACAAAAUGAUUAAUACGGGAAAAUUAGCAGGACGCACCCUUUUUAUUACCGGUGCGUCGAGAGGCAUUGGUAAGGCCAUUGCUCUAAAAGCAGCUCGUGAUGGUGCAAAUAUUGUUGUCGCAGCUAAAACCAGCACUCCACAUCCUAAAUUACCUGGAACAAUUUAUACUGCGGCUGAAGAGAUUGUAAAGGCCGGUGGUCAGGCGCAUCCGUGUGUAGUAGAUGUGCGUGAUGAACAACAAGUGCGUUCAGCUAUUCAGGAGGCUGUUGCGAAAUUCGGUGGUAUUGACAUAUUGGUAAAUAAUGCGUCUGCAAUAUCAUUAAGCGGCACAUUGGAUACCGAUAUGAAACGUUACGAUCUCAUGCAUCAAAUCAAUACGCGUGGCACAUUCCUCGUAUCGAAGGAGUGUUUGCCAUAUAUAUUGAAAAGUAAUCAUGCACAUAUUUUGAACCUUUCCCCACCGCUAAAUUUGAAUCCUGUUUGGUUUGCUCCACAUGUUGCCUAUACAAUGGCUAAGUAUGGUAUGUCAAUGUGUGUGCUAGGUAUGGCUGAGGAAUUCCGUUCUGCCAAAGUCGCUGUGAAUGCUUUGUGGCCGCGUACUGCCAUUCACACUGCUGCUAUUGAAAUGCUGACCGGACCAGACAGCUCGAAUAUUUCACGUAAAGUAGAUAUAAUGGCUGAUGCUGCGUAUGCAGUUUUAAUUCGCGAGCCGACUCAGUGUACGGGUCAGUUCCUAAUCGACGAUGAAGUAUUAACGGAAGCUGGUGUGACUGAUUUGAAGCAGUAUGCUUGUAACCCAGAAAAUGUAGACAAACUAAUGCCCGAUUUCUUUUUGGAUAUCUCGGAGAGUGAAAUUAAAGCCAUCAAAGAAGAUAUUAAGCAACAAAAACCAACAGGUGCGUCCUCCAGCCAAAUACCGGCAUUAUUUGGAAAAAUCGAAACAUUACUGUCGCCAGAACUAAUACAAAAAACACAGGCUGUUUACCAAUUCAACAUUGAAGGAGAUGAGAAAGGGACUUGGCAUUUAGAUUUGAAAAAUGUACCAGGUUCAUGUGGCAUUGGUGAACCCAAGGUUGCACCCGACGCAACUCUGACAAUGAAGGCUAACAAUUUCCAUGAUAUGUUUUCAGGGAAAUUGAAAGCUGCAACUGCAUUUAUGACUGGUAAACUAAAAAUCUCUGGUGAUUUAAAUAAGGCAAUGAAGCUUGAAAAGCUUAUGCGUUCAUUGAAGUCCAAAUUAUAGAUGAUAAAACUAAAUUUAAGUUAUGUUGUUUUCUUUAAAUAGGAAUAAGGUGCAUUUUUAUAUAUGAAAUAUAGACUAAACUUUAGAAAUA